AUGGUUGUGCUGGAGCAGUCGAACAAAAACGCCGGACGGGGUAGAGAUGACGACGACGAUCACCCGGGCGUCGCAGCCUGGCUGGAGGGCGGCAUCGGCCUGCACCGGCGCCAUCAUGACGACAUCCUCUACGACCAGCCCUCAUACUCGCACCUCGCGGUGAGCCGCGACGGCGAACGCGCCUACCUCGGCUCCUUCGCCGGGCUCUACCGGCGCGACGGUCGAGGGCCCUGGGUAUACCUCGAGACCAUAACGCAGCUCAUCACCUCGCUCGCCGUCGGCGCGGACCGCGGCGCGUUGUCGGGGCUGAAGGAGCUCUACCUGCCCAGCAACCUGAUCGGCAACGACGGCCUCGUCGCGCUCGGCCGCGCGCUGACCGCCGGAGCCUUGCCGACGCUGCAAGGCAUCAGCUUGAUGCACAAUCGCAUUGGCGACGAUGGCCUCGUCGCCUUCCUGCAGGCCCUCUCGCGCGGCUCCCUGCCGAGGCUGCAAAAGCUAUUUGUGGACAUCGUGUCUCCAGAUCUGGAGGCGAUCUGCGCCGCGAAGGGGGUGGAGUGCGAGACGCCGGCGCCGACGCCUUGCCGCGACUUGCCCGCCGACCAGCGGGAGGCGUGCGCACAGAGCGAGAUUGCGCAGUUUGGCGUCUGCAAGACGUGCGGCUGA